AUGUCAAGUGAAGCACCCGUCUUUGACAGCGACAUGGCCGAUGCGCCACCUACUGAAUUCAAUAUGCCAGAGCACGAUCCUGCUGACGAUGAGGUGUUGACCGAGAUCCCUGUCUUUUUGAACACAAAGUUGGCCAAGCACAUGUACAUUUUCCAGUAUCCCAUGCGCAACAUUCGAUUCGACAGCCGUAGUGGACCCAAAGCAGCUCGCAUCAAGCCGAAUGCAAAUAUGGUUGAACUUGAUCUGCCGUUGGAUACGCGAUCCGCUUAUUACAGCACUGAACGUGGUGAAGAUUUCGCCAUGGGUAUGAAUGAAAAGAGCAUCAAGACAGCCUACGACAAGCGUAUGGAAGAACACGAGGAGGAGCAAAUGUAUGGUCGAUCAUCCACUGCCAAAAAGGAAGAAGAAUUGUUGGACCGUAUGACGUUCAGCUCAACAGAAGUGCCUUCACAAACCAACUAUGUGGUGGGAGCCAUGCGUGAUGGCGAGUUGCAUCUUACUCCUGUUCGCAGCACCAUCCAAAUGCGUCCGGCAUUGAGAUACAUUGACAAGAUUGAUGAAAAGUUCAAAGCAGCCAACAAACGGAUCCAAGACAUUGAAAAGGAUGAUGCUCCUGCAAAGAAACCCGCUCCAUCAAAGGCACAGGCAUUACAGGUAUCCAUGAAAAACACAGAAAAGGAGAAUCCAGCACGAAGAAAUGCAUACUCGAUGGCAGUGCGGAAUGCAGAGGAAGAGAAUUGGAUCCCUGUGGUAUAUUAUGAUGAAACGACACAACAAGCAGAGAUUAUGUAUGAAGAGCUCUUUACACAAGAAAAGGAAUCCCUCAAUUGUACAACAUCCCGACCCCAGUAUCUUAACCAGCUUAGUGGUGUUGGUAAAUAG